UAAAAAUGCAAUUUCCAUUUAUGUUUUGACCCACCCCCUCAAGAAAUCGGAAAUUGACAACAGUGGCGUGUCGUGGCAGUUGAAUUUCCAAAGCCCAGAAAUCCAAACACACAUCUUCUUCUCUCAGACUCCGAUAUACAUCAAACCAAACAGCAGAAUGUGACACAAACACGAGAUAAAAAAAAAAAAAAAAACCCACGCAAGCAGAAGCGGCAGAAGCAAACGGCGAACAUCCAUACCUAACGGUCCUCGCGUUGAACCCAAGCACCGCCUUACCCCAAUCCUCUCGUUUUCCUUGCAACUAAACAGACAACAAUUCCUCACUCAUCGAUCACGGCGUCGUCGCUAUGCAGUUCGCUCGAUUCGAUUCGUUCUGGGCGUUGGAGACGAUUUUCGGUGUGAUCCGCCGGACCAGGAUUGGUUAAUCGCGGGAUUGGUUUUGUGUAUUCGGGGUUUGGUUGGAAAUGAGCACACAGAGGCAGCAGGUGGCCGUCCGGGACCUCGUUGAGGAAGCCAAGAAGCGGAUUGUCUUUCUCGCCAUUUGCGUCGUUGGCUUGUCGUACCUUAUGUCCUUGACAAGCUCCUCUGUCUGGGUGAACUUGCCUGCUGCUGCCUCGUUGAUUGUCAUCGUUCGUUAUUUGUCACUAGAUUAUGACAUGCGAAGAAAAGCUGCAGCAUACAACAGCAAGCCUCCCUCGGCAAAUACUACUUCUCAAAACAAACCUAUUCAGUGGCCUAAAACUAGUCAAAAGUCUGAGUGGAGAAGGAAAGUUAAUUCUCCUGUUGUCGAAGAAGCUAUUGAUCACUUCACCCGGCAUCUAGUUUCUGAGUUUGUGACCGAUCUCUGGUAUUCUCGUCUAACACCGGAUAGACAAGGUCCAGAAGAAAUGGCGUGCAUUGUGAAUGGUGUUCUUGGGGAAAUUUCAGCACGCAUGAGGAAUAUAAAUCUAAUUGAUCUUCUCACAAGGGAUCUUAUUAAUCUCAUAUGCUCUCACUUGGAGCUUUUCCGCGUAGCUCAAGCAAAGGUUCAAAAGCAACAUUCGGGAUUCCUUACAGUUGAAAAACGAGAUAUGGAAAUAAGACUCAUCUUGGCUGCUGAAAACAAAUUGCACCCUGCUUUAUUUUCUGCAGAAGCUGAGCACAAGGUUUUGCAGCAUCUGAUGGAUGGCCUCAUUUCUUUCUCGCUCAGGCCUGAAGAUCUGCAAUGUGCUCUAUUCCGUUAUAUUAUCAGAGAACUACUUGCUUGUGCAGUAAUGCGACCUGUCCUAAACUUGGCUAGUCCCAGGUUUAUUAAUGAAAGAAUUGAAUUGUUGGUCAUUAAAAUGACCGAGGCUAAAGGUGUUACUGUGGAACAAGAGGCAUCUCGAUCCAAACAAGAGGGGCCCUCAAAAAUAUCAUCUGAUCACUUUUCUAGGUUCUUAGAUCCUUCUGUUACUGGUGUUGAACUUGUGCAACUCAAAAAUGGCCAGUCCAGAACUGCUACGGAGACACCUGCAACAGAAAAUGUAAAUGGAUCAAAAGAUCCAUUGCUCUCGGUUGAUACUCAAUCUUCCCGUUCGUGGAGCACAUUGCGAAUGAACUCCCUCACUAGCAAUGAAAGAGUUAUAGAACAUAACCAAUGAGGAGAAUGGGGAGAUAUGUUAGAUCUGAUGUCUCGCAGAAAGACUGAAGCCCUUGCUCCUGAAAAUUUUGAAAACAUGUGGGCAAAAGGGAGAAAUUUCAGAAAGAAGGAAGGUGAAAUAAUUGAGCAUUCUUCUGGUGGGAAGUCAGUUACAGUAGAUCAUUUUAUAGAAAAAUCUAGGCCCAAAGAUAAGGAAAAUGUUUCGAAGUUCAAUCUUUCUGACAGAGGCACUUGUCAAAACAAUUUCCGCCCUGGAGAUCAAAACAUACCGAAUCGCUAUCGAGGUUCUUCAUAUCAGGAUGAUGAUGAAGACGACCACAUGCGGUUGGACGAGUUUGAUGCAGGAAGCAGUACUUCUUAUACUUCUGAAGGUGAAGAAACAGACAGUGUUACAGGUCUUGAUUCUCCUGGAACUAAAGUUUGGGAUGGUAGAAGUAAUAGAAAUAUGGCAAUGUCUCACAUUCAUCACCCACUUGAAAAUUCUGGACGCCAUAUCAGGAAACGGACUGUUAAAGGGAAUCUUCACCUUAACAGAUUGUCUAAAACCCAGUCUUUCCACAAAAGAUCUAGACCAAGCAACAAGAAAGUGCCGGUUUGGCAAGAGGUAGAGAGAACAAGCUUCUUGUCUGGAGAUGGACAGGACAUACUUAAUUCUCCAAAUCGAGAUGCAAAUAUUGACUCUAGCGAUGAUUCUGACAUUGAAAGUUUGGGUAGAAUUAACAGUGGGGCAGCCACUUCUUCAUCUGCAACUUUACCUUUCGCGGAUGGUCAUAGCCUGAAUUUUAAUUCCCUGAAAAAUUCUACAGUAGUGGAUUCUUUUUUCAAGUUGAAUUGUGAGGUAUUGGGUGCAAAUAUUGUGAAGAGUGACUCAAAAACAUUUGCCGUUUACUCCAUAGCUGUUACGGAUGUAAAUAAUAAUAGUUGGUCAAUCAAAAGAAGGUUUCGUCAUUUUGAGGAGCUACAUCGGCGUCUAAAAGAGUUUCCCGAGUACAACCUACACUUGCCACCAAAGCAUUUUCUUUCAACUGGUUUGGAUUUAGCUGUCAUUCAAGAACGAUGUAAAUCACUUGACCAGUAUGUAAAGAAACUUAUGCAGCUUCCAAGAGUUUCAGGAUCCAUUGAAGUUUGGGACUUUCUAAGUGUUGACUCCCAGACUUAUCUAUUUACAAAUUCCUUUUCUAUAAUCGAAACACUGUCAGUUGACCUAGAUGAGAAGCCAUCUGAAAGCAAAAAGGUUUCAAAUUUUGGUGGGCCGGUGACUGAUCUGUAUUCCUUGAAGAGGGAACAGGGUACUGGAGUUAAGGGUUCUGCUUUACAACUGAAGAACAACGCUGUGGCAGAUGGGUUAAGAGUGAACACAAAAGUUUCUGAUUCUCAGGUAAAAAGUCCCAGUAAAGAAUUUGGAAAGUCACUCAUUAAUUCUGGCACCGAUUCAAAUGCUAGAGCAAAAAAAGAUUUAUCUUCUGUCACAAACUUGGGUAAGACCAUAAAAGGAAGAGAGGAACAAGAAUCUGAAUUGUUUCUUGAUGCUGAUAGAGACCCUACACUUCCUACAGAGUGGGUACCUCCAAAUUUAAGUGCUCCCAUAUUAGAUUUGGUAGAUGUCAUUUUUCAGCUCCAAGAUGGUGGAUGGAUCAGGCGGAAAGCUUUUUGGGUGGCCAAACAAAUACUACAGCUAGGGAUGGGUGAUGCCUUCGAUGACUGGUUAAUAGAGAAAAUACAGCUUCUGCGCAAGGGAUUGGUGGUUGCUUCUGGGAUCAAGCGUGUUGAGCAGAUACUGUGGCCUGAUGGAAUAUUUAUAACCAAGCAUCCAAAGCGAAAACCACCACCACCUACCAACUUAUCGCAAAAUUCACCUCAGGGUCAGAAGCCUUCUGCAAUUUCAUCACCUAGACUUGACGAGCAGCAGCAACAGGAGGCAGAUCGACGCGCAAAGUUUGUAUAUGAACUAAUGAUUGAUCAUGCACCUGCCGCUAUUGUCGGUCUUGUUGGUAGUAAGGAAUAUGACAAAUGUGCCAAGGAUCUCUAUUACUUUCUCCAGUCAUCUGUUUGUUUGAAGCAACUGGGUUUUGACAUUCUGGAGCUGCUGCUUCUGUCGACAUUUCCGGAGAUGGAUUAUGUUUUUAAGCAGUUGCAUGAAGAAAAACAUCGAUUUGGCGAGUUUAGAGCACAAUAGUCGGUCCUAAUAUUAGAAGGUAAAUUUUCUGAGGAUGAUACACAGGAACAUGAUUGUGUUGCCUGCUUUGGCUUUUUUGUAACCGAUAUUCAUUUGUAUUGGCGUCAAGGGUAUCAAGUCAUUCUUUACCUGAAUUUUGUAAAGUAGCAUUUUAGCUAGAAACUUGAGGAAACUCAAUGUAAAGCUUGAGAUUAGUGCAUAUAUACAACACACCUUAUUCAGAGAAA